GAGUACAGCAUGGCCACAAGCGAGGCCAAGUAUCAAGAGGAACACCGAUUCAGCCAGAGCCGAUAGCAACGAAAAUGACGAGGAAAUGAAAAGGCGAUGAUGACGAGUACCAGCACGUGGCAAAGUUGAGGGCUUCAUCAGGCAUCUCCACGCUCCUUGUCUCCUCCAUCCUCCUCCCAAAAAUGUCGGUCUACCUGAAUCCGAACAACACCCUUGGAUUUCCUCGCCCGUUUUCCAGUCUCGUAAAACGGACACUGACCAUUACCAAUCCCAAUGCCCACCCUGUUGCCUUUAAAGUGAAAACGACGGCGCCGAGGCUGUACUGCGUGCGCCCGAAUUCUGGCAGAGUGGAACCGGGUGAAACAGUCGAGGUCGCUGUGAUGCUCCAGGCGAUGAAGGAGGAGCCCCCGUUGAACGCCAAGUGCAAAGACAAGUUCCUCAUCCAGAGCACGCUCAUCACCCCCGAAAAAGAGUCGAAAGCGUUACAUGAUAUAUGGUCCGUCCCAGAAGGCGCUACAGACGAAGCCAAGGUCUUUCAACAGAAGCUCAAAGUCGCGUAUCUGAGACGUGAGGAUGAACCUUUGGAAGAGGUCGACGAAACUCUGGCAAACCAAAGCUCUAUGAUGCAUGCAGCCGAUUCGCAACAAUACGACACUGUCCGCCAAGUCCCGAUAACAAAUGGUGCUCCCAUCCCUGAAUUCAACCAAUCGACGUCCCAGGAGCGCUCACUGACGCCACCCAAUGACUUCAGCGCCGCCCGUGAAGAAGAGCAUCACGAAGAACCUCCAUCUGAACCUGCUCCACCGCCUCCCGUGUCUGUAUUUGUCCAACCUGCUCCCGAACCCGCACCACCAGUUGAACACCCAUCGACGCUUGCACCAACGCCACCAAAUGAUGAGGUUCUGAUCAAGUACAAGGAAGCUGAGGCUGAGAUAGAGCGUCUGAGAGGUCUGCUAGCAGCGGCAGCCCCUCCGCUCGAAGUCUUGCCUGAGACCACCGAGUUGCGAAGGCGCACUCGACGACUUUCCGAUGAUAUGACAAUCGCGCCAGGCAGCGAGGUUGGUACAAUGAUUGGGGAAGACGUAGCCCUGCAACAAGACGGAGUUCCAUUACAAGUCGUGGUCAUCAUUGCACUCGGAGUGUUUAUCACGACGUAUCUCUUCUUCUGAUAUUCCAUGAUCAUAAUGUCGUUUUCUUCUGUGUGGGUCUGGAUGGUUUUUAUAAGCAGAUACUUGGCUGCUGGGUGUAGAGCUAUUCAGACCCGCGACUGGUGGCUCGUCUCGAUACAUAUAUAUAUCCCUUUCCUAUUUUACGGUCAUAGUGACCAUCGUCUUAGGUGCAUUAGCCUGUUGACUCAACUGUUACACUUCUUGUACAUAGGUAUCGUGGAAUGAGGGUAUGCAUCUUUAUUGCGGCCGUUGUGU